CCAGUUCUGAGUAAGCGAUACAAUAUUUUUACUCCGUCGUGGGGUACGGAAGGAUGACGUUGUACAGAAGUGCCGUGGUUCUUUUGAUUUCAACUCUAGCAUGGGGACGGUGCGAAUCCGGAGGUGCGACGAAGGUGCACUGGCCCCCGCAUCCAGGGUAAGAAAUUGAGUCUGCACAGCUUGCGUGCAACAUCGAUGGAAUUGAUAUCUAGAGAAAACUUUUGGCACAUAUCGCGCAUUGUGGGAGUCGAUGUCAUGCGAGCCCAGAACCCGAGUUCCGGCGACCUCCUGCUCCCGAUCACAAAUGACUACAUAAACAUUGAUAAGAUUGAACACUUAAGAAAUGCCAGCCGUGCAUUUCUGCCAGCUCCGUGCGCAAAUCUCGAAGCCUAUUCUGGAUUCAUCCCAGUCGACGACGGCGAGAGGUCAACGAACUUGUUCUUCUUACACAUCGUGUCGAAGGACGACUCGCGUCGCAAACCCCUACUUCUGUGGCUCCAAGGUGGUCCGGGAAAAUCUUCCCUUUACGGCCAGUUCCUUGAAACUGGUCCUCUUGGCAUCGACGCUGGCGGGGCGUUCUACUGCAGGAGGAGCACUCUGUUGCAUAACUUCAACAUUAUCUAUUUGGACCAACCUGCCGGUGCCGGGUACAGCUUCGAUAAGAAGGGCGACUACCCGGCCACGCUCGAGCUGGCUACCACGCACGGCAUGAAAUUUCUCAGACGGUUUCUGAGAUUGUUCGAGGAGUAUCGUGACAGGGAUUUCUUCAUCGCCGGAGAAUCCUACGGCGCAAGGUCAGCUGUUGGACUGGCGCAAAGGGUGCUGACGCGAAAACCGGAUGAGUUUCCACUACGCCUGAAGGGGGUGAUGCUCGGCGUCGGCUUUGUCUUCCCGCUUUUAGAAAUGAUCAACUCAGCCGACUACCUGUAUUGUUCCAGCCUGCUAGACGAACAAGGCCGCGACAAGUUUUCCCAGAGAUUUGAAGCUAUACAGUAUCUUGUCAAGGCACACAAUUAUACAGCAGCGGCAGGAUUGCUGAGCCAUACGGUUCUCAACAUGCAUCCAGGCGGUCAUAAAAGCUUGUUCGAGGCACUCACAGGCUUUGAGAGCCACGGAAGCAUUAUACGACCUGUAGCCUCGAUACAGCAUUACAAAUACAUAAAAUAUGCAGACAGUCCAGGGUUCAAACGCAUAAUUCACGUUGAUACUUCCAGAACCCUCGAUGGCACUAGGACCCAACUUGUAAUGAGGCUAGCUGUGGGAGACUUCUUCGUCGACCUGACGCCAGCACUGGUGGACGUGCUGAACAAUGUUCGGGUCCUUUUUUACACAGCACAACUGGACGCUGUGUUCCCGGCCACUAAAAUGGAACGUUUAUUUUCGAACUUAAAUUGGAGAGGCGCCGGAAUGUUUCGGAAAGCUGCUCGGCACCCUUGGUACAAAAGUGGCACACGCAAUAAGCUACUUCUGGGUUACGAGAAAGUAGCAGGUACACUCAUGUACAAUACCGUGCUCUUCGGCGGCCACAUGAUAUCGUUCGAUCAACCGGCAGCUGUGGUUGACCUGUACGCCCGGUUUCUAAAGUUUGCUUCUAUGCCGGCUCCGAACGUGCCAGACCACAAAUGUGAUGGACAGAAGGGCCGUUGCUGACCAGGCACCAUUUGGCCAUGAGGAAUCACACAACUGCUGUUUUUGUGAUGCGUUUUAUUUUGUUCGGAUGUUCACACAUACAAUAAAGAGAAGGUAUUGCACCCUGCAAAUUGCAGACCAGUUAGGGCAGUGUCAACGGGCUUCUUAUAGGACAAUAAAGUUUAAAAAUUCGGCAGAUCCCACGUACCGCGGGAAUCGAUGUUAUGCGAAGCAUUCGGUUGGAAGGUGACUGUGGCGUAAAUCUUUUAUUGACCGAAACGUUACGAAACCACGCUAGAGGUAUGUAUAAAUGUUGUACGCACAAACUUAUGUUCAAGAGUCACAUAUUUGUUAUAUAACCAGUUGUUUACGGCUGCGUAACGAUGUCAACAGCAACGUUGGAUAUUACCAACAACAGAAGCGAUAUGCUGAUAUGUAGUGUUAUACUUGUCCGUUAUGGCGGAGAACGCGCAGGCGUUUCACGAACCUGUGCUCAUGUGUGGAAGGAGUUCUUCGCAGUUCUUGAACAAGGUCAUCAUUGAACGUGUCCUAGAUGCGAGAACGAGGUCUUGUGAUGCCCAGUCCACAGCAAAAACGCCUUUCCUGUUGUGUCAGAACCAGGCGUUGUUGGGUUAUGAAUAAACGAUCUUGAAGUCACCGGCAAUGAUGAGGGGCACGGUACU